AUGGCUGAAGAAGUUGUGAAAAACCAUGACUCGACAUUUUCUAGUCGCCCACUGCUCCUAGGUUCCCGAAUGCUUUCUUACAACGGCUUGGAUAUCGCCUUCUCUCCAUACAGCGAGCAAUGGAGAGAGCUGAGAAAGAUUUCUGUUCUUCAUCUCUACAGCAACAGAAGGGUGCAGUCAUUUCGUGGUACUCGUGAAGAUGAAGUCUCUCGGAUGAUCAGAACUAUAUCCAAGGAAGCGUCUUCAUCUCAAGUGACGAAUUUGAGUAAGACUUUACUGUCACUUACAAGUACGCUUAUCUGUAGAAUUGCUUUCAGAAAGAGGUAUGAUGAGGAAGAUCAACAAAGAAGACGAUUCCAUGAUCUCCUCCAAGAAAUGCAGGCCGCAUUCGUGAGUUUCUUUUUCUCAGACUAUAUUCCUUCAAUUGGUUGGCUUGAUAGCCUCAAUGGGAUGCGUUCUCGACUUGAGAGGACUUGCAGUAAGUUAGAUUCAUUUCUUCAAGAACUCAUCAAUGAACACUUAAAUCCAAAUAGGCCAGAGUCCAUGAACGGUGAUAUCAUUGACAUCAUGCUUCAAUUACGGCAAGAACAAUCAACUUCCUUUGAUCUAACGCUAGAUCACAUCAACGCAAUGCUCAUGGAUGUAUUUAGUGCAGGGUCGGAUACUAUUGCAGCUACAAUAAUGUGGGCAAUGGCAGCACUGAUGAAGAGCCCUGAAGCAAUAUUGAAGAAGGCACAAGCAGAGAUUAGAGGUGCAGUUGGAAAUAAAGAUAUAGUAAACGAAGAUGAUAUUCAAAAGCUCCCUUAUCUCAAGGCAAUUGUCAAGGAGACCUUCAGAUUGUAUCCUCCAGCUCCACUUUCAGUUCCAAGACAGACACUAGCAAAUUGCAUUAUAAAUGGUCAUGAAAUCCAGUCCAAUUCUAUAGUUUACACAAAUGUCUGGGCGAAUGGAAGAGAUCCCAAGGAUUGGGAAAAUCCAAAUGAGUUUUUGCCUGAGAGAUUCUUAAAUAUUAGUGUAGAUAUGAAAGGGAAAGACUUUCAACUGAUACCAUUUGGGGCUGGCCGAAGGGGCUGCCCUGGAUAUUCUCUGGGACUAGCAAUGGUGGAAGUUGGACUUGCCAAUCUUCUGUACUCUUUUGACUGGGAAUUGCCUUCUGGGAUCAAGAAAAAAGACAUUGAUACUGAAGUUUUACCGGGUCUUACAAUGCUUAAGAAAAAUGAUCUGCUACUUGUCACAAAAAAUGUGUAUGCGCAGCAAGUGUCAAGUUCUGGCAUCUAA